AUGCGCACAGCCACCGCCAUUCUCCAAUGUUCAGCCUUACCUUUACCUCAAUUGUUUAUUCGCGUGCGCCAUCAUUCAUCAACCAAAUUGUUCGUUGCAGGGCUUUCCUAUAACACCAAUGAAACGGUCCUAAGAGACACAUUUAAACAACAUGGGGAAAUCAUUGAAGUUAAAGUAAUAUGUGACCACAAAACUGGAGAAUCAAAAGAGUACGGAUUUGUUAGGUUCAAUUCUGAAACUGCAGCUGCCAUAGCUCGCAAAGAAUUGCACGGAAAGAUAGUGGACGGUAGACGCAUUCGAGUGGGUUAUGCGCACAAAGGGUGA